GCAGAAAGAUGACGUCGAUAUCUGUCAUACUGGUAGUUGAUUCCUCAAUAGUUGAAAACAAGAGGGAAAUUCAGGGAAUCAGUCCGUGCUGCUUAACUCAAAGAGCCAGGCAGGGCUGGGGGUUGGCGACUGAGGAACGGGUGAGGCAGCUGUCUCUCCACCGCGGGGCCUAGGCCAGAGCGUCUGCCAUCUCACUGGGUACAGGCUGGCACCAAGCUCCAGGGCUGUGGGUGGUAUUUACAGCUGGUGCGCCUCUACCCCUCCUCAACCCCACUGUGUCGCUGCCGCUGUUCUGAGGGUAUUCUUGAAGUAAUGCCUGUCCUUGUGGUCAAGGACGGGCCCGGCACCCAGGUUCCCGCUCAACUCCAGAGGAUCUCCAUUCCACUCCUCAGCCCUACCUCAGACUGCACUGGCAAGACUGUGAAGGGGAGAGUAGUUCACAAAGGGCCAUUGGUAUCCAUGGGAGAAGACAACUAUGUCCUGAAGACUGUGAUUCAAGAGUUGUCUCUGCCUCCGUCAGAAGAAGACUCCCAACAGAACAUGUCCCCGGAACACUCAUCCAUCAAUAUCAUCCUGUUUGGUGCGCUGGCAAAGGACUACUCCGAAUCUGUCAGUCAAGGGGACAUGCUGCUGGUGACUGGCUUCACUGUGGGCAAUUCUCCCACAGCUCAAAAAGACAAGCUCCAUGCCUGUAACCUGCAGCUAGCUGGAGAUGAUGCCUGGAUGUAUGUGUGGCCAUCUACUGUAAGCUCGAGAGCAUCUGUACCCCGCAAAAGAACCUCUCCAGCCAGCACUGAGGUCACUAAGGCAGCGAAGGUGGUUAAGUACACCUACGUCCCACUGAGCGACCUGAAGCCUGGGGUAGUGGUGAAUGUCUACGCUGUGGUCACCUUCUUCAAGCAGCCAUUCCGAACCAAGGGGACAGAUUACUGCUCCACACUGAAGAUUACAGACCAAUCAAAUAAAAAAGUGGGCUGUACCAUCUUUUGUGACAAGCUCGAGGAACACCCUAAAAUCUUCAAAAUGGGAGACAUCAUACGCCUACACAGAGUCAAGACCCAGCUUUUUAAUGGAGCCAUUAGCCUUUUGACCAGCCAUGGUUUCUCCGUGGUCACCUUUGAUGGAAUGGUAGGCAGUCCCGUGGUCCCUCGUACCUCCAGCGGGUCCUUCAAAUUUGGGGAGGAAGACUGCCAGGUCGUGGAGGCCCUGCGCACGUGGGCGGCCAACCAGUCGCUGGUUCCUGCCGAGCCCUGUGUACCCCUGUCGGCAGUACAGCCCAAGACUUACUUUGACCUGACCUGCCAACUGCUGGCUAAAGCCCCUGUGGACAGCAGCUGCACCCUGUUGAAGGUUUGGGAUGGAUCAAAGUGCCCUCACCCCCUGCUGGAUGUAUUUGUGGAGCCUAACACUCUUGAAGGAAGUCCCACGUUGUCCAAGGACAUGGCAAACCUCACAGCCAACGUCUUGGUCUACGACAACCAUGUAGAGGUCGCCCGGCAGUUUAAGCCCGGGUCAUACCUUCGUAUAUACAACCUACACGCAGUUCCUGGGGCUAGUCGGUUGCCAAGCAAUGACUCUGGCCAGUCUGAUCAGACGGGACACCUGGGUUUCCACCUGCAUGGGGGCACCUCAUACGGCAGGGGGUUACGCGUGCUGCCUGAAGACAGCCCAGAUAUACUGGACCUCAAAAGGAUCUUGGAGACAUUCUCAGAGUCUGACAUAAAUGACUCGUCCAUGUUUGAAGUCUGGAGUACACCACCAGAGUCUUUUGGUACUGCUCCAGAUGAAAUUGCUACAGAGAGGACGUGUGACCACACUGUGGAACAGGUGAGUCUGGCUGAAGUGAAGAGCAGAGGACCCCCUCAGAUGUUCCACAUUCAGGCUCAGCUCAAGUCUUACCAGCCUCAGAGACUCUACCAGUCCCUGAAACUCUUCUGUCACAAGUGUAAAACCAUACGGGAUGUCCCUGAUGAUGUCACAGUGGGGGGCUUGUUCUCAGAGGCCCAGAAGGAUGUUGGACCUUGUAAUAAUGGGUACUGGACUCUGGUUCUGCCUCUCCCCAGAGAGCCUCCUUCUGAAUCCCCCAGCCGGACCCUGACCCUUCUGAUGUCCAGCCAGCUAAUGGGAAAGGGCAAGGCAAAGGAGCUGAUCUUCCUGAAGGGGGCUACCUUGGAGGAGACGUGUCGGAUAGCAUCCGCGUACAGUAACAUUGUCCCAGUGACGUCACCACAAGGAACCAUGACCCCGAUGGAUCUCUCGGCUCCCUUCCUCUUCCGGGGCACGAAAAGAUACUAUGGAUGCAAACAGUGCUCCCAACUAAAAGUGGGAGAGUCAUUGGGAGAAGGAGUAGAGGUUUGGGAUGAGAAAAGUGUGGCAGACGCUCUCGGGGUGCAGCUUCUGCAGUAUGGCCUACUGAUGAAGCUUGAGCUGCAGGAUGGCACCGGCUCCCUGGAGGCCCUGCUCUGGAGAGAUGCAGAAUCCUUCUUCCACGUGUCAGCUGAGGACGCAGCAGCUGACCAGGAGGCACAAGACAGGGUCCAGGAAACCAUGGACAGACUCUGCCCACCAGGGAGUAGCACGGCGGAGAGGCCAUGGAUGGACCUGUGUCUCAGUGCCUACACAGUGGAGGAGAACGGCCAGAGACGGGCCUGCUACCAGAUCUGCCACACUGAUACCAGAGGCACUAACACACAUACACACCCUCACGCCACACCUAGUGACACAUAGCACUCAACCAAACAGAAUAUCAUGUAUAUGCCAAAUAGUAAUUUGUGAAUAUUGUAUACAGUUGUAUACCUCCAAAUUAAUAAAACAAAUUAUAUUGGCUGAAAUGUAUCUGGCUUUGAGUGUCUCUGACCAUUUCCUUUGUCUUAUUUCCUCCUUUUUACCAACAUUUUAUAUGUUUUGUACUUUAUUGACAGUAUGUGUAGACUCUGUUUUGCCCCUUCUUAGAAAUAAAUUAUGUGAAAAUUA